AACACAUCAUCCAACCAACCAACCAACCGACCGACCGACAAUGCAAUCCUGUGCCUGUCCACCAGAAGCAAACCUCAGUGCAUGUGAUGAGGCUGCCCUUACAAAAGUAUCUGUGAUGACGGUGAAAUAGACACCAGCUUUGAGUGUUUCACUCAGAUCAUCGCCCCCUUAAAGAUUUACUUAAUUUGCAAUGCCACAAAGGCAGAGGUCUACCCGAAGGAUGCUAACAUCACCUUUACUGUAAGGGCAGCAGUCCCCUUCUUUUUCCUCCCUUCUCUCCAUACAUCAGUAUCCAGAAUGAAUCAAGUCUUGGCAUGCAAGACAGUAUCCAAUAGUGCUGGGAACAAUGGGGAACUGCCUUAGUCUACCUAAUGGCAGGGACGGCUGUUAUGGCAAUAAUAAUAAUUUAUUUAUUGUCAUUAAAGAGUCAAUGCAGAAUGAAAACCUGGAGGGUUAGCAAUUGUUCUAUGAGUGCCACGGAUAUCAUAUCUUCGGUAGAUGUUUGCUUGAUCAUGAUGCUGAUGAAACAGCAGUGCAGAGACUGCCAGCGAAUAAUGGUAAAAGAUAUCGUUAAACCUGAACCGCCAUUUGGCUUAAGAAUUACACAUCAAGAAAAGGCGAAUGAAUAUUGUGUUGAGUUUUCAACUCCAUAUGUGGAAGGAUCAUUCCUUCAUAACAAAUUGUUGUAUGAAUUAGCCUACCGCCAGGAAAACACAAGUAACUGGAUUACCAGAGAAUCUGAAUAUAUCCCAAUAAAUCUUAUGGGAAAGGAAUUUCAGCCUGGGAUGACAUAUGAAAUGAAAGUCCGGUCAAAGCCCAAAGGACCUUAUUACAAAGGCUCAUGGGGUGAAUGGAGCACAUCUCAAUACUGGAAAACCUCCGCUGAAAUAAAUGAUUAUACCAUGAUUAUGACGACAACAUCCAUUGUGGUAUUCCUUCUACUGUUCGUUCUAAUUGUUCUGGUCCUAGUAUUUUGGAAAAACAGGAUCAAACCCAUUUUGUGGCCCACCAUUCCUAACCAUGAGAAAACUCUGGAUAAAUUUUGCAAAAAACUAAGAAAGAAUUGGGAUGCAAGUUUCUUCAAUCCAGAGAGUCUAGGAUAUGUCCACAUCCAUAAGGUGGACAGCAUUCAGGCCAAAUCAGAAGUGGAUCAUCUUCAGCCAUCAUCACUUCUUUUGGAUGCUCAUGUUCCACAGACGCUUAGUAAUGGGCUGGAACAAAAAAACAACCUGCCUCAUAUCAAUCAGGGCUGGCUGAAGCUGGCUCUGCUAUAUGAAGGAAUGAGGCCAGCAGAGCUGCUGACCAAGCAUUUAGGCAUAUGUAAACAUGUGCGUGGUGAUGACACAUUCAUUGGUGCCAACGUGCAGGACAAGAGAGCUGACAGUAGUUCUGACAGUCAAUGCAGUGGUACGGAUGAUGUCAGCAGCUGUUCCACUUCCUCUGUGGAUGCAACCACCCUAUAUGAAUUGCAAGCAGAUCCUUGUCACCAGAGUCAUGCCAGUAGUGAGACCAGGGUGCAAAACAUAGAAGAAGCCUAUGUUACAAUGGCAAGCUUCUCUGAAGUCAGAGGUAAAUCAUAAGUGCUAAUUUGAUCGGGGCCCAAGGGAUAGCAUUUUAUGCAUUGCAGGAAUUCACAGCUACAGAGACAGCUGUGUUAGUCUAUUGCAGCAAAGCCAACACAGACAUGUGACAGCUUAAAGAGUAAACAUUUCUAUUAGUGUGUGAACUUUCAAGAACAAUAGCCACUUCAUCAGCUGUAUGGAGUGUUGCCCAGAAUUUCAGAUAUCUGCUCAGUGCACCUGGUUGCAGCUGGGAUUCUAGACAGUGAGGUGAGCUGGAAAUUGAGCACAGAAAAGUACUAUCUGUAAUCAGUUAUGUGUCAUGUAUGGUGUGUGAUAAAUCAGACUUUUAUUCUCUA